AUGUCAACCCCACAGCCCACCGCAACGCCGCCUGUGCGCAUCGGCACUCGCCGGUCGCGCCUCGCCAUGGUCCAGACCGAAGGCGUGCGCGACAGCCUUGUCCGCUCGGCGCCGGGCCGGGUAUUCGAGAUCGAAGCGCUGCGCACCCUCGGCGACAAGGACAAGGUCACGGCGCUCUAUGAAUUUGGCGCCAAGAGCUUGUGGACGUCAGAGCUCGAGGAGCUGCUGGUGUCGGGCAAGCUGGACGUCGUCGUGCAUUGCCUGAAGGACAUGCCCACGAGGCUGCCCGACACGUGCGAGCUGGGCGUCAUCCCCGCGCGCGACGACCCGCGCGACGCCCUGGUCGUCAAGGCCGGCCUGCCGUACAAAGACCUGCAGAGCCUGCCUGCCGGCUCCGUCGUGGGCACCUCGUCGGUGCGCCGUUCGGCCCAGCUGCGUCGCCUGUACCCGGGCCUGCAAUUCGCCAACCUGCGUGGAAACGUCGAGACGCGCCUGGCCAAGGUCGACGCGCCUGACGGCGAAUACGCCUGCAUGGUCAUGUCGGCUGCCGGCCUGCAGCGCAUUGGACUCGCCCACCGCAUCACCCAGUAUCUGGGCUCCCGCGACGGUGGCAUCUUCCACGCCGUCGGCCAGGGCGCCCUUGGCCUCGAGAUCCGCAAGGGCGACACCGCCAUGCUCGAGCUACUCAGCCCGCUCGUCGACCAUUCUGCGACUCUGGCGUGCCUUGCCGAGCGCAGUCUCAUGCGUGAGCUCGAGGGAGGUUGCAGCGUUCCCAUUGGCGUCGAGACUGAAUGGCUUGGUAGCCCCGAGGAUCGCGUGCUGCGUAUGAGGGCCAUCGUCGUGAGUCUUGACGGCUCUCAGAGCGUUGAAAACUCCAUCGACGCUGAGGUGCGUACCGAGGACGCUGCAGAGGAGCUUGGCAAGACGCUGGCUACUAGGCUACUCCAGGCUGGUGCUGAGGCAAUCUUGAAAGAUAUCAACAAAAACAGGCCCCCGAAAGAUUGA